AUGUAUGUCUAUGUGCCAAGCAAGAAGUUGGAUCCAGCUCCUAUCAUCGUCGCCAUUCAUUACUGCACUGGUACUGCACAGAAGUACUUCAGCGGUUCCAACUACGCAAGUCUUGCCGAUACUCAUGGCUUCAUUGUCAUCUAUCCUAAUGCCCCAUCCUCAGGAGGCUGCUGGGAUGUAGCAUCUACUGCUUCACUCACUCACGACAAGGGUGGCGACAGUGAGACAAUCGUCAACAUGGUCAAAUAUGCCGUCACCAACUAUGGUGGCGAUGCCGACAAAGUGUAUGCCACUGGGUCCAGCUCAGGUGCUAUGAUGACAAACGUUCUUGCUGGUGCUUACCCAGAUGUGUUCAAGGCUGGAUCAGUCUACUCUGGUGUUCCAGAUGGAUGCUUCUACGUUGCUGGUGCCACCGCAGGACAGGCCACCCCAGGCUGGAGCAACUCGUGCGCAAAUGGACAGAACAUCAAGACAGCCCAAGCAUGGGGUGAUCUCGUCCGAAGCUACUACCCAGGCUACAACGGCACUUACCCCAAGAUGCAAAUCUUCCACGGAACCGCUGAUAACACUCUCGAUUACCCCAAUCUUGCUGAGCAGAUGAAGGAAUGGUCAAACGUCUUCGGUAUCUCAUUCGUGAAGAACGUCACCAACAGUCCCCAAUCUGGAUACACUCAGAUGGUUUAUGGUGAUGGAACCAAGCUUGUUGGUUACUCUGCUCAAGGUGUUGGACACACUGUCCCCAUUCACGAGUCUAUGGAUCUCUCUUGGUUCGGCAUUGCUUAG